AUGGCCCCUCAAAACACACUAGGUCGAUCUGCUGGGUCCAUCAACGCACCAAUCGCAGCGUUCACCAUGGCCGUCCUGCUAUGCACCUACUGCUUCAGUUCCAUCCGAACAGCCAGACGCGAAGCCCAAGAUUCACCGGUCGUACCUAGCGCACAACAGCGGGUAUCUCAACGGGAAAAGAAAGAUUCAUCGUGGAUUCAGGAGGCGCUUGAAGAAAGUAAGGCAGGGAAAUGA